UAAAUUUUGCAGUGGUUUCAAAUUUGUUUAGUCUUGUGACAAAAUUCCUGAGCUGUAACUCCCUAGCAGACUUUGUCACAAUCUUAUUAGUAUAGCACACCCAAAGUCAUAUUUACAGAAAAGCAGAGGAACAAAAAGUCCUCAAGAACAGAAUUUUCAGAGAGAGAAAGAAAAGCAUCAAAAACAGAAAAAAUCUUGUUAAAAUUUUCUGGGUUUUUUGUGAAAUUAAAUAAAAGUGAUAAAAGAUGGCAAGUUUUGGAGGAACAACACAGAAGUGCAAAGCUUGUGAAAAGACUGUAUAUUUGGUUGAUCAACUUGCAGCUGAUAGUAAAGUUUAUCACAAAGCUUGCUUCAGAUGUCAUCACUGCAAGAGCACCCUCAAGCUUCACAAUUAUAACUCCUUUGAAGGGGUGUUAUAUUGCAAGCCUCACUUUGAUCAGCUUUUCAAGAUGACAGGCAGUUUGGACAAAAGUUUUGAAGCUGCUCCUAGAACUGUUAGAGACAGAUCUUCCGAGCUGGGUCAAAACAGUAACAAACUCUCAAGCAUGUUUGGUGGUACUCAAGAGAAGUGUGUGACUUGCAAGAAAACAGUUUACCCAAUCGAAAAGGUGGCAGUUGAUGGCGAUUCUUAUCACAAAGGGUGCUUCAGGUGCAGUCACGGUGGAUGUGUUAUCAGCCCUUCUAAUUAUGUAGCCCACGACCACCGCCUCUACUGUCGGCACCACCACUCUCAGCUGUUCAAACAGAAGGGUAAUUUCAGUCAAUUGGCAACUCAACAUCGUGCUAACGGAGUUUCUAAUGGGGUUGCAAAUGGAGUUACCAAUGGUGUUACGAAUGGAGUAGCAGAAGGGGCGACUGAGAACACAGUGGCCUAAGCCUGAAAAAUUCUGUAAUAUUUGCUUUCAGAAAAUGUUACUUCUGUAAUUCCAGAGUGAAAUGUAACUUGCUGAGUAUAGUACUGAGAGAAUUUUCCCGAGCGAAGUUUUAUACAUGUUUCAAGCAUAAACACACAUUAUACUAAUGUUGUGCUUCUUGCCUUUGAA